AUGACCAAGGCACUUUCCGAGUGGAUCUACGAGCCAUCGCCGGAAACCAUGCCAAUUCCAGGCCUUGAGCUGGUCCGGGUCCAGACUCCCGAGCAGCAUCAUGGAAUCAACCUGCAGUGGGCAGUGCUCAAGAACACCUCGGGCUGCUGCUUCGUGGUCUUCCGGGGCUCCGAGACGAUGCUCGACUGGACCGAGAACAGCAACCUGUCCCUUCGCCGCAUCGAUGUGCCAGCCUGGCGAGGAGUGCUCCUCGUCCACAGCGGCUUUUGGAGUACUGCUGAGGCUGGCUCCGAGACCGAGACAUUUCUACUGCUUGACAUUCUUCUUCCAGCUGAGAGCCUGCUGCAGCAGCACACUGAACUCCUAGCUCAUCUUCUGACUCUAGACAGUGUUACUGAAACCCGCAGAAUAAUCCAUUAUAGUAGCCCUUCCAGUACCCGGUAA